AGAAAGGGCAUUCAAAGGACAUAUUUUCUUGUGCGCGCAUGUGCGCAUACAUAUGUCCGCCGUCUGUGCACGAUGCUUAUAACACCUGUAAUACUUGGCUGCCAGCGAAAGGUAUCACCAAUUUGAAGACCUGAUUAGCUGCCGCUCACAUACACUCGUUAUAAUGCGCUUGCGAAAUUUCUUUUGAUUUUUGCACGCACGUUCCACAUAUGAAAUUUGCACCGAACCUAAUAUCUAUUGCAUAGCAUCCAUCUAAUAACAUAUGUAUUUAAUUUCCAUUGUGUUGAGCGUAUUAGAAGCACACAAUUAGCGCUGCCGCCUAACAAUUAACAGACGUGAGCGUGUUUAAGUCUGGAACACAGUUCCAGACCACCAUCACAACACAGGCCGUGUGCCUUUGCCAUUUAGUUAGUCUUGCUUGUGGCGUACGUACGCAAAUAAGUUUGCUGUGCUCGUUUUUAGUGUAUGAUGUUAACCGGAAAAUAUGUGUCAAUCCGCAAACAAUAAUAGCUGCAGUAAACAGCAGUGCCGGUAAAGCGUUUAACGCCCACCGACUCAUUGUGUGUAUAUAAGCUGAAUUUGAAGCAUAAUAAUUAACUAACCACAUGUUACAAUUAACGGCGCAUACAUACAUAUAUACCUAAAUGUACGAAAUUUUGUGUGUAAGCAAUUGAAAGUGUCGCUGUCGUCAUACCAUACAACAAGAAAAAGUACAUACAGUCAUCUAUAUAAUAAUAACAAUAUAAUUAUAAUUGUUACAAUGCAAAAGCUGCAGCAGAAACCUACAACCAAAAGAGUGUUCACCAUUAAAACACUAAUUAGCUGCAGCACGUUAUGCCUUCUACUAUUACUGCCGCAUGCCGUACACGCUUGGAUGCCCGAUGUGCGCCCAGAUUUGCAACCUAAGCAAGAUAAAAUCAUUGCCAAGUUCCUGGGCAACAGCACGGAUUAUUUUAAAAUUUUGGCCUACGAUGAUAUCACCAUACUGGUGGGUGCUAAAGACAUCAUGUACAACAUCAGCAUGGAUGGUUUACGUGAACUCAGUCGACUGGAAUGGUUCUCAUCCGAUGCCGAUCGCGAAUUGUGCGCACUGAAGGGUAAACUUGAAACUGAUUGCCACAACUACAUACGCGUAUUUGCACGCCUCGAUGGUGGGCAAAUCUUGUUGUGUGGCACCAAUUCUUAUAAACCGCGCUGUCGCCAUUAUGCGCCCGCCACAAGUGAACUGAGCGCAGCCGGUAGUUCCGGCCAACGGUAUGAGAUUGUACGCGACGUGGAAGCGCAAGGUCUUUGCCCAUAUAGUCCGGCACAUAACAGCACCUAUGCAUAUGCGGACGGUCAACUUUAUAGUGCCACCGUUGCUGACUUCUCGGGCAGUGAUCCAUUGAUAUAUCGCGAAAAUUUACGCACCGAACAGUACGAUUUGAAACAGUUAAAUCAACCAGACUUUGUGGGUGCUGUGGAGCGUGAUCGUUAUGUUAUGUUCUUCUUUCGUGAAAUUUCAAUGGAGUAUAUGAAUUUCGGCAAGACAAUUUACUCAAGAGUUGCUCGCGUAUGCAAAAACGAUCGUGGGGGUCCGUAUUCACUCUCCAAAAGUUGGACUUCAUUUUUGAAAGCGCGACUAAAUUGCUCUGUACCCGGCGAAUUUCCUUUCUACUUCGAUGAAAUUCAGGCAAUCACACCCAUUGUCGAAAGUGGGUCAAAUCCACUCAUCUAUGCCGUCUUCACAACCUCUGUGAACGCCAUACCCGGUUCAGCGGUGUGUGCGUUCAAUGUAAAUGAUAUUAUGGGCUUUGAGGGCAGUUUCAAAUCGCAAAAAGAUAGUCAAUCACAAUGGCUACCCAUACAGGAUGAACAAGUGCCGGAAUCACGUCCGGGUAAGUGUGUCGAAGAUUCGCGAAUGCUAUCGAGCAUUGCGGUGAAUUUCGCCAAAACCCAUCCAUUAAUGGAGACUGCUGUGCCCGCGGUUUACGGACGCCCACUACUCACGAAAGUAAAUUUACACCAUCGACUCACCACAAUCGCUAUUGAUGCACAAAUUAUGGCAUUAAAUGGUGAAUACUAUGAUGUUAUCUACUCCGGCACAGAUGAUGGCAGAAUAACAAAAUUUAUUAACAUACCUACACCCACUCAGGCAAGCGAUUCCACCGGUGUGGACAAAUUAAAAACAGUUCUUAUCUCUGAGAUGCAAGUGCUGCCUUUGGGUGUGCCGGUGCGUGAACUGGUCGUUUCCUCGAAAACCAAUCGUCUAUUAGUCGUUAGUGAUGGCAGUUUGGUUACAGUGCCGUUGCAUCAUUGUGGGCAUAUUGUAGACUGUUUGGGUUGUCUCAGUCUUCAAGAUCCAAAUUGCGCUUGGGAUCAGCAGAAUCAUGAGUGCAAAAGUAUUACACCCAACAACAUCAAAUUCGGCACAAAAGCCUUCCUUCAAAGCUUGAAUACUACCAAAAAAGCAGCAGCAUCGCUUUGUCCAAAGUACACACGUGGCACACUCAUGGCUGACGGCCCAAUUGUUGGUGGCGGUAUUGUGGCAAGUCCGGGCAUUGACUUGGUUACAGCACAACAACAACCACAAGUUGAUGAAGAAUUGAACAGCAAAAAGUUUCACUACACAAAAGUGAGUGCGGUUAAUAGCGUUCCAGUUGGUGCGAGUACAGCUUCAUCGGAGAGUGGCGUUUCUGCAGUCGAUGAAGUACCCUCUGAUAAAGUAACUGAUAUGGAUGCAAGCACAGGCGCUGGUAAUGAUUACUUGCUGAACAGUUUUAGCGAUGGAAAUAAAAUAACAUUACAAUCGGUGAAUCCCGAUGAGCUCAUGAACACGCUGAGUGGUCCAUUUCACUCACAAGAUGACAGAAAAGACAGACAAUUAAAGGUCGCCGGCAAGAGCUUAUGUUGGGCCCUCUCGUUUAUCGCUUUCGUUGUGGGCAUUAUUGUUGGAUAUUAUACCUCAAAACGGUUGUGUAAAGCAACGUCGCUACAUGCAAAUCAUCGUAAUCAAUUCACCUCGAAUUCUCAAUUCACCGUAAAGCAUCAUAAUAAUGGCAAAGAUGUCAAUCUGCUAAUGAAUCCGAACCAUUUUUCCAGUCUUAAAAAACCCAAUCUCGAUUUAGAGAAGGAUCGCAGCCAUGAAUGCAAGAACUCUACAGAAAAUCUUGAAAAGGAAAUACCCUGCAAGACGUCUACUUUAACGAAGGUUAAACGCACAUAUAUAUAAUCUAUGGCGUAUUUGCAACCCAUUGCGAAGCAUUGAGUUGCAUUUAGAAAACUAGUUGAAUUUUUUUAGAAUAGUUUAUAUAUAUAUAUUUUUUUUUUUUUGGAAAAAAGAUUUUGUUUAGGAAUUUUCUUGUAUGGAAAUAGUGUGAAAUGCGCGGUGUGUUGUAUGACUGUUGCAAAUUAGUCUAGACAAAAUUACAAUUUACGAAAGACGUUUGCAGGUAUAAAUGAUUUGUAUAAUGUAAACUUAAACCGUCUAAAUGCAUGCAUCUAAAGGCUAUGCACUUAAUUAAAUUGAACAGUUAUGCGUUAAGUGUGCAAAUUCAAAUUCGUGUACGAGCUCAGUUAAGCUGUAAACAAAUUGGGUGAUUUUUUUUUCAAAUAAUUAUAAGUGUAUGGCGACCUUUCAACGACGCGCACUUGCCGUGCUGAUUUGCACACAUGCGCACGACAUGUGCAUAGCCUAUGAAAUUGCGAGUCUUAAUUUGUAUGUAAUUUUAAUAUUAAGUAAAUGUAGUUUUUAAUUUUAUUUAAUUAAUGUGAGUUUAAUUACGAGAAAACUGAGGUUAAAGUGAGUUUUUGUUUUUUCUUUACAAGAUCACAUUACAAUUAAGUACAAAUAUAAUUACAAGUCCGUGUGCGGGUGUGAAUACAUGUGUUUAGUGUGGCGGGUGACAAACGCAAUAGUUGGGUGAUUUUAUUUUUCUAUACAAAAAAAGAAAGCGUAUACUCAUAAUACAUGCCACCAACUUUCAACUCUAAACACUUUAUUUGAACCCGCAAGCACAUGCAUCUCAACACUCGUAUCGUAAACAUAUCGAAUAUCUUUACAAUUUAUACAGCUCUAAUGAGAUUUUUGCGAACGUUUUGGUUUAACGCAAAUAAAAUGGCUACAAUAGUGACAGUGUUUGUAGUUUGAGGCAAUUCCGACUUCCUUUUGGCUAUGAAGUUGAUUUUCGCCUCAUCACUGCACAUCCACUAACACUACGAAUUUCGACUUAAUACGUACAAUAACGCUAUACGCACAUUAUGUGAAUAAUUACUAUAAAGCAUAAUAUUAAAUAAUAGUAAUAACUCAAUAAUAUUACAAAAGCAAACAAGUAUUAAUGUAAUUAGACUGAACGGUUGACGAACAAAAGCAACACAUGGUCAAAUAAUACAUUUAUAUUUAGUUGGCAGACUCUGGUCUAUACUACGGUAAAAAGCAACCCGCGAAAACAGGUGACAAUUAUGUGACUAACCCGUUUUUUUUUUCAUUGCACUCAUGCUCUUGGCUAGUUUUGCGUCUGUUUCGAUCGUUGCGCAUUCUUUUUAAGUUACAUCACGCAUCAUCAUCAUGGUACACAUCGUCACUGCCAUCUUCAACGCUCUCACGUGUGUUCGAUUGCGCUUGAUAUUCAUGCAUGUAAACAGCGACUUUUGUCAGCACUCAUUUGCUCGAGUACCCUCCAAUUGUACUUUUACCACUUUCAUGCAAACGCAGCAUUUUUCCUUACUUUUUUUUUUUGUCUACAUACAUUCCCAGCUAUUUGUCUGUCGUGCGAGUGAGUCCAUUUGAUGCAUAAACACUUGAGACAAUUGUAUAAUAUUAUUCUAUUAGAUGGCUAAUAAUUCAUUCAAGGUCAUUACACUGCAUGAAAAUCCCAUAAAUAGUAAACGUAAUGAAUGAAAGUAGUCUAUUCUCUAUGCUUUGUUGAACAAAUUGUUUGUGUAAUUGAAAUUUGCUUUGAAAUUUAAAUGAUACCCAAGCAGUUUGAUGUAAUAAUGUAUUUUUACAUAUAUAAAAAAAACGUCUUGCAGUAAAUUUUUAAAUUGCAAAUUUUUAUUACAACCUUUUAUGUAUUAAUUACUACGUCAUUAAACAAAAUGUUUGUAAUGUGCUUCCAUUUCAAUUAAUGGCCUCAUGCUUCACUCGCGUGUUCAUUAAUUUAAAAAAUGAAAUUGCAACAAUAUUAAAAAAUUGCGAAUCAAAUUAAAACGUAUAUUUUCUACAGUGUAUCAUAAACUUAAAAAAAUGAUCAACACAUUGCAUUUGUAUAACAAAGAAAUAGUCGCACAUUCAAUAAUACUUCAUAGUUUGCUUUUUAAUUUAAAUAGCUCUAAAUUUUCACGAUGACUCAUACAUUAACUAAUAGCUAGCGAGUAUUAAUAUAUUACAAACAAAAUCGUAAAAGAAGCUCAAUUAGAUAGGAAUUGAAUUGGUAUAUGUAAUAUAAAUAACUAAAAUAAAAAACAGGGUGUAUAAAUUGGUAAAAAAGGUUUAGGAACAAAAUUUUUAUAUAGUAUAUAUUAAGAUGAAAUUACAAAUAUCAUUGGAAAAUGCUGCCUUCGAAAUUUAAUGCCAAUUGACAAUAGAAACGAUAUGUGCAAAUAAUAUUUUUAAAACAAAAUCAUCAUAUUAAAUGAAAAAUAUUUUUAGCUCUACAAAAUACAUCAUAAAUUGACGAAAUUUGUCACGUAAAGCUUUUGCAACACCCUGCAUAAAUUAAGUACAUACAAAUUAAAUAGAUUUUAAAAUGUAAAGCCUUAAAAACUAUGAUAAAUAUUAAAUGUAUGCAUAUAUAGUUUCUUGCAUAGACGUACUAGUUAAAAAGUUAGUCCGUCCGAUUAAGGAAUAUUUUUAGUAAUAAAUAUGUAUCUAUGAUGAAUAUUUACAAUAUAUUUUAUACAACUAUACAUAAAUAAUGUCAUAGGUUAGUUUGUAAGUGAUUGUAGAAGUAUGUAAGCUUAAGAAUACAUUCGUAGAUAUAUUUCGAUUAUGGAAAUACUAAAUAUAUACAUAUUUUUUUCUAUAGUAUAAUUAUUUGCAAUUAUAAAACAAUGUUAUAUACAAACACGCACAUAAACUUGGGUACAUUGUUGUAUGAAUGACGCGUCGAUUUAUUGUUUUAUACUCGAAUCUAGAUUAUUGUUUAGUGUAUCCUUUUUAAACAAAACAAAAAAAAGUUGUGAUAGAUUUAAAAAAAAAAUUGUUUUUCAACAUACAAAUUAUAUUCAAUCGAUUGUACGAUUUUUAUUGGUUUUAAAACGAGAACAAUUUAUCGGCGGGGUCUUCCUAAUGGUUUUCAGGCCAAAA